UGGCAGGUUGUUUUCCAGUUAUGCAUUCUGGCAAAAGAAAGCCAAAGUCUUUCCGUUAACAGAGAAGACAGGACGAUGAUAUGUGAUCACCUGAGCAGACUGUUGGCGCUUUUCGUGAUUUUCUGCGCCAUGCGGAAAGCUUCCAUCGUCCAGGGUGCGCGAGAUUUCGAAAAGAAAGUGUCUAUUCUGCUGAAAGAGGAACCAGAAAACCCAAAGUGCUUUGCUGAAGGCAGGAAGGACUUCACGUGCUUCUGGGAGGAAGAUGAAGAGAGGGCCGGCUCUGUGGAUCAGUACUCCUUCACAUAUACCUACCAGAAUGAGAACAGCAGCAGGUGCCCGCUGAGAGUCCUCCCUGCAGCAGGCGGGAAGAGGCUGUUCGUCUGCCACCUGAAUCGAACCCAGAUGUUUGUCCAAAUGGACAUAGAAGUUCACCGGGGGGGAAUACUGCUCCACAAGCGCAGCCUUCUCAUCGAGCUUGUAUUUCUGCUGGACCCUCCAGCUAACGUGACGGUGAGGAACAUGAGUAAGCAAGGUCAGCUGAAUGUCAGCUGGGUUCCUCCUCCUCUCAAGUACAUGGAUGACAGCAUGAUGUAUGAGGUCAGCUACACAACAGUGGACAGCCACGUGGUGCAGGUGGAGGUGGUACGCGCCAGCUCACAGUUGAUCCUGAGGGGCCUCCAGCCAGGCAAGAAGUACAAGGUGCAAGUCCGUGUGAAGCUGGAUGGGAUUAGCUAUAAUGGCUAUUGGAGUGCAUGGAGUUACCCGGUGUUCAUGGAAACACUGCCUGCAGAGCUCGACCUGCUCAUCAUCUGCCUGACUCUUAUCAUCUCCUUCAUUCUCAUCGUGCUGUCUGUCACUGUGCUCCUGUCCCACCGAAGUUUUGUUGUAAAGAAGAUCUGGCCGACUAUUCCAACUCCUGACAGCAAGUUCCAAGGCCUUUUCACUGAUUAUGGUGGAGACUUCAAGGAGUGGUUGGGGCAGACAAAUGGAGGCAUAUGGAUGACUCCAGCUUUCUUCUACCCAGAAGAAUGCCCCUCUCCUCUGGAGGUCCUGUCCGAGCUCAGCCCUUGUCCCGCACUGCCUUUCCCACCUCUUCCACCCAAGGCCUCUCGAGCUUUGACUACAGGCAGGAAGGAGGACAUAAAGACAGGGCUAGAUGCGAGAGAGCCGUUGGGAAGGGGUGAUUCUGCUCUGACAGACGGAUGGAGAACCACACCACAUGACCAUUGGCUGAUGGACCGCCUACGGGCGCUCCACCAGAACCCUGUUCCCUGCUCCCAAUUAUCUCUGCUGGAGUCCCAAGAUGCCUAUGUCACCCUAAGUGCCAACAACUGCAGUGAAGACGAACACCUGGAUGACGUUCUCGAGGAGACCUUACCCCUUGAGGUGCUUUUUGCUUCCAGAAAGACGCUGUUGUGUGAAUCUCACUCCGACUUGGGAUCUGUGCAGCAGAGCUCUGGGUCAGGUCGUCUUUCGUCACAGUCCAGCUUUGAGUACCCAAACCACCCCUGGAUGUCCAAAGGUCCUGGGUACACCUACAUGGCAGUGGCAGACUCUGGGGUCUCUAUGGAUUACAGCCCCAUGAGCAGAGUAGACGACAUUGGAAAGGUGGUUAUCUACGCCAAUGAGUACAAGAAUGAGAUCCCUGCUCAUAAAAGACCCUUCCUGUCAAGGCAGUACCCCAUCCAUGAUGACAGAUGAGACAAAGCAAAGCUGGACGGGCUACGUGUGGACUGACCCUUUAAGCACUUGGUGAGGGUUUUUUGGAUACUCACCCAAAGCUACUUGGCUUCUUAUCAACUGUUAAGAAAGGUGUACCAAGGAUUUGGGAGGUGAGCAACACUGAAGUGUAAGCUAACGGACUCAGGAAGAAGAGUCCACUGGAUGUGCAAACAUCAUUUCUACUUUAUCCAAACGGCAGCUGUGGUUUACACCACAUACUGAUAUUCAGUGCAAAGGUCUGCAUGCUGAUCUGUAAGUAUCCUCUCCUGUAGAUCAGAGCAGAAAUUUAAGUUGAGGGAGCAAACUGAGCAAAGUGUACAGAAUGGCUAUUAGGUUAAAAUACAGAAUAGAACAUCCUGAAAUAGAAGACUGAACAGCACAGGCCAACGCUCCUUCCCUGUUUCUUUGAUUUGUCUUAAAGUAUAAGGCUGGUGGUAUUCCAUAUUUUUUCUAUUGUCAACAAAUCCUGACCAUAAGUGUUGCCUCUAUAGCCUGAUAUAGCUUAACCUCUCUUUCAUCAUACCACUAUCUUGAUGACGUGAAUAUUCGCAAGUUGUUAACAUUGGAAUCUACUGUUCAUCCCAUGUGAUAUAAAUCAACCCAACUGCAAGAAAAAAUGUUGGCGUUCUGUUUCUGCAAACGAUGAAUAUGUUACAUUGCUACGUUAUUAUGUAGCAGAUACUGAAACGUUAUGUCUCUAACAACGCUGUGGUAAAUGUAGUUAUGUUUUUGCACAAAGUUUUUUGGUCAUGGUUAGGAAAAGAUCAUGUUUUGGCUGAAAGUACCCACCCUAGGUUGCAUAAAAGCCACUGGAAAAGUGGUAACAGGUUGCUCAAAAACAGCUUAAUGGCACAAAAGCCGCUGAAGCGUGGUCAUGGGUUGCUAAUAAAACAAACGCUGUUGUUUGCUUGAAAUACCCACAUUUGGUGGCAGAAUCCUAGCAGGAAAGGUAGCAAUGUGUGGGUGUACAGCAACCGCUUUUCGUAGCACUAUCACUACUGACAACACGUCAACAGGUCACUGAAAAACAGUGUUUGCUGGCUAGGAAGCUGUUGGAAACCAUCCUGAUGACAAAGCCAGCUCAUAUCCUGCAUCAUUUUAGAAAAAUUAAUAUAAUAUGUAUGAUAAAACGCACAAAUAUAACGUAGUUUGCAGAAACGUACAAUCCCAACAUUUUCUCCUGGCGACUGGGCUGCAUGAACAGAAUGUUAGCAUGCUAAUAUAUGCUCACAGUGGCAAUGUCAACCUGCCAUUAGCCUCAGCUGUGCUUUGCAUUUAGUGCUAAUUAGCAAUCAUUAGCAUGCUAACACUGUGGAGUAUGAUGGUUAAAACUAAGACAUUAUAACUGAAAUGUCAACAUACCGAUGUUUACCAUGUUCACCAUCGUAGUUCUUACCAUCAUACUUUACAGUGUUAGCAUGCUAAUGAUUGAUUAUUAGCACUAAAUGCAAAGCACAGCUGAGGCUAACAGGAAAGUCAUGUUUGUAGGUAUCUGGUCAUGAACCAAAGUACUGGACAAAUAAAAAUUUUAACUAAUGAUGGUGGUAGAUUCAAAACUUAAUAGAUCCUCUGGGGAUCCUGAAUGUUUGUACAACUUUAAUGGCAAUCCAUUAAGUAUUUGCUAAGAUACUUCAGUCUGGACUAAAGUGUUGAGAGAUUGCAAUUCUUAGAAUGAUGCAACUAACAUAAUUAAAAUCACAUAAUAACUCAGCCAUUGCGCCGUCUGACUCGUUCCUUUAUUAUGAUGAACAUGGGUACUGUGGUUUGGUUUGAGUCAAACUCACAUAUAUUGUCAUAGUACCUCACUAGAGCACCAAAUGUGUAUCAUUCCACUGCUGAAAAUAGUCCCCCGUCAAUUGCACCAUUUACACCUGUUUGACUAACAUUUUUUACAAACUACAGUGCCCAGCUGUCUGCAGAAAUUAGAGUAUUUUUUUGAAAAUUAAACUAUAUAUUUGUGACCUGUUUUUAAAGAUUUCAGCAAGAACCAGUGGGCUUGAGUUUGAGUAGGAAAGUGAGAAAGCACUGAGAAACAUACUAACACUGUUGGUUUUGGAAUGAGUUGACAAAAAACAAAGAUAUGGAAUAGUCCCCACUUUACACUUUAGAAUACCCUUAAAUUUAAACCUAACAGCUUACACUUGAACUCAAAAAACUCACUGUAUUUGUACAUAAUAUUGUGAUUAUUUUUGUAUUGUAUUGUAUUUUGUAUUUUAUCACAAGGACAAUCCUGAAAGAAACAAAGUAAAAGCAGUACUACUGUAGGCAUUCUCAUGUAACUGUAGUUGUUAGUUUCUUAUCAUGUUGAAGUUUUGAGUCACUGCUGCCAUCUAAAGAGCAGAGUGUGUACAGGAUGUCUUCACUUUAACAUUUCUAUUCAAAACAUUUUUAAUUCAUUGUUGUUUUUAAGUCAGACUAAAUAAUAUCCAUGUGUUUUUAUGCUUGUUUGAUUUUGUGGCUUAGAAAAAAAUAUAUAGCAACUGAAAUUUUAGCUCUUUUAAAAAAUAUGUAAAAAAAAAAAAAAUAUUUCUGAACAUUGUGGAGUAUUUUUGAAAAUUAAAGUUUUAGGGUAGUGUGACACAAAAAGGAAACAAAGCUCAAAACCCCACAACCAACUGGUUUUCUCUAGGAAUUGUUGCAUAUUUUUGACAACAGCAAUUAAUAAUUUAUCAAAGAUGACUAAACGAAAUUUUAUUAUUUUACAUUUGUGGGUGACAUCAUUAUUAUUAUUAUUCAAGCUUCUGUUCCUUUUCUGAAAUAAAUAUUUUAAUAUAAAGUUAUCCUCCUGUAGUGUAUGUAUUAUUUUGCUCUAUGUUUUUCUUUUUCUGAAACAUUCAAAAUAAUGUUCUGUAUGGAUAAUGAUAUUAUUUUAUAAAAUAAGUAUUUUCUA